AUGAGACCUCAAAAUGUAUUCUACGGAGCCAACGUUGGUGAUGUACCAAAUGUAAACAUGCAAGUAUUAGGGCAUCAAAGACUGAUGACGACUCAAGUGCAGCCAUAUUCGCCAAAUGUUAUACAACCUCAAGGUCAAAUUGCAUCUGGCAUUGAUCCUAGAUAUUUAGCAGCAUAUAGUGACGAUAAUAUUCCUGCAUAUGCACAGCAUUCAACACCUCAACCUAUGGCUUUCAAUACAUUUGUGGAUAUCAAGAAGAAAAUAGAUAAUGAUUUAUUAAAGUCCGAACAACCAAACCAAGUUAAAACUCGUGCGGAGAAACUUAAGGAAUUGCAGAAAUCUGGUGGAAGGGUUUUCUCAGGGCCUGUUGAGAAAAUUCUCAAAUGGCAUAAAUCCCUUCAAGAUAUAGGCAUCAUGGUGAUGUAUGAAAUUGUUGGUAAAUGCGUGAAUGUGAGAGCAGGUGAAGCCUGUGCUAAGAACUUAGUAGUAAGGGACGACAACGGUCCAGCUAUCCAGGUAGUUUACUAUGAAAUCGAUUUCUUUCUACCAGAACUGAAGCCGCCGUGUACAGUCAGGGUUAUAGGUCGCAUGAUGCCAGGAACAAAUCGCUUCCAAGCAUUCAACGUUCGUCUCGCGACAGGCGACGACGUCGCGACUUUACCCCGCCGUGCAGCAGUCGCGGCGCAUCAUGUCGCCAAACUUUGCAAAGAAUAUGGUGUAGAAGUUCUAGUUUUCAAAUAGAUAUUUUGUAUUACUUAUUUACUUGCACUUUUUAAAUUAUUUGAAUUGGUUAAAAUCCUAAAGCCGGA